AUGGUAACGGAGCUUGUUCGGGAAGGGGCUUACCCCGAGGGAGAGAGGGUUCUGAGACCAGACUUUAAGACACCUCGGAGUGAAGCCUUUGCUACGACGUUAUCUGCGUUAUAUGGGAAGUUACUGGUUGUGAUGGGCAUAGCUUUUCCAAUGGCUGAAGUCAUCUCUACAUACAUCCCACCAUCGUUUUAUGAGGGUUUCUACUUAUACCUGUACAUAGGUAGUAUGGUGUUCCUGUUAUAUAUGUACGCCGCGUUACUUCGAGACCGCUCCCGCAACGCACCUGACACCGUUGUGACCAAAUCCGACUCAAGCUCAUCACAAUCAGAAUCAGAUUCCUGUUCAUCAAGAACAGAGCGGAGUACUGCGACCGCAGCCCACGUCCCACCGCAGUACUUAGGCAAGCGACUCUCUUUGGGCUUCGCGCUCACAUCGAGAACACACCACUAUGGCAGCUUCUACUUGAGAAUGGGUGCAGUUGCUUUUGGCAUCGGAUCUAUGAUCUACUCGGGAUUAGAGUUUGGCCAAUACUGGGAACUGGAGAGAAACACGAAUUGUCACAACGUCCUCCUCGCUCUCACUCCUGCUACUAGAAUGGCCUUCAUCUUCAUACAGAUGUAUUUCAUCUUUCUCAACAAUGAGAUGAAAGUAUACAAGCACAAAAUAGCGGCGCGAUUUGGUUUAAUGCAUAUGGUGGGAACAAAUUUAAGCGUUUGGCUGAAUGUCCUCGUGCAAGAGACGAAACACGAGAUACUAACGUUCUACGACCCCGAAAAUAAGACUAUUGGCUUAUCACAUAGACUAGCAUUCCAGAAGGCAUUUGCGUCUCUAGCAACAGAAGUCCCGCCAUCGCACCCUGCGGCAGCCCACCUCCGUGUUCCUCGCGGACUCAAAGGCCCUCAUCACAUCUUCGAAUGUCGUCGGACUAACAUUAUGGGUUCUCUAGUCCAAGACGCUUCACCAUUCCUCUUUCCAUGUACUAUCGAAUACUCCCUAAUCUGUGCGGCCAUUUUAUACGUCAUGUGGAAAAAUAUAUCCAAAUACCCAUCGAAAGACGUGGCCGAAGCGAUCGCCAAAGCCCGGAUUUUAGAAGGAUUAGCGUACAAAAAGUCUCCACAUUUGUACAGUGUGGACUGUGCAAGGGCGCACAAAGGUCUCUUCUUCGGAAUUUUUGUAUUAGUUUUAACCAUUAUAUCCCUCAUUCUGUUUUUUGUUCUGGUAUCAAAGAAGGAUUACGCAACCCUAGCGGUGGUAGAAGUGAAUCUUUGCGAAUUGGGAUUGUAUGCGAUGACCACUAUAGCUAGUUUGGCGGGAAUGGUAUGCGUCAGAAAUCUCAAGUACGACGGCAAUCGAAAUCUCGAAUUGGACAAUAUACUCCUCGUCGGGGCACAAACAGGUAUGUUCAUUUACGGUACAUUCACAAUCAUCGGUGGUCAUUUCACCAUCGAGAAGAACACAAUUCUCAUAUUGGUGACGGCCCUAUCGUCGCUAGUGCAAACGACGUGCCAGACCAUGUUCAUCCUUGACGCGAGUCGGAGAUCGGCAAAAACUCCCGAACAGUUGCGGAAAAAACCGGGAAGGGAGAUUGUCACGUUCCUAUUGGUGACGAAUCUUGCCAUGUGGGCCAUAAAUACUCUAGAGAAGUCGAGGGCGGAAUCUCACCCGGUGCAACUGCAUUUCUACGGUCUAUGGGCUUGGACGAUAAUAACGCACGUGUCUAUGCCCCUCGCGAUCUUCUACAGAUUCCACUCGACGGUUUGUCUAUGCGAGAUUUGGAAGCGAGCGUAUAAAAUGAAACCGGCCUAUAUGUAG